AUGGAGAGAGAGGACUCCGACGACUCCCUUGCCCCCAGAGCCGAGGUAGACACCAGAGCACCGUUCCGGUCGGUGAAGGAAGCCGUCGCUUUGUUCGGAGAGAGGGUCCUCGCCGGAGAGCUCUACGCCGGAAAGCUCAAGGAGGUAUAACUUCACCCUCCCUCCCUCCCUCCCUCCCUCCCUCCCUCCCUCUCUCUCUCUCUCUCUCUCUCUCUCUCUCUCGCUCUUGUGGUUUUGAGGUUUGUUCUUUGUUCUUGCUCAGAGGAGGAGGGAGGGAGGCGGCGGCGCGAUGGGUCUCUCUGUUCUGGGUACGGUGGCGGCGGAGCUGGAAGAAACGAAGCGGGGGCUGGAGAAGGCGAGGGGAGAGAACCUGGUAAUGGCCACCACCAUCUUUUCAUUGCGAGAGGAGCUCCGGAAGACCAGGGAGGAGCUGCUCCAGUUGAUCAUGGAGCUUGGUUCGGAGAAAGAGGCGAUGGAGGCCGAGGUUGAAGACGUGAAGUUCGUGGAGAGCGGCGGCGAUGGACGGCCGGAGAUGGAGAAGGCGAGGUACGUCCGGUUCGCCAGUCCUCCCUCUCUGGCUCAGGUGAUGGCACCGCAGCCAUUGGAAGCCCUGCAGAGCCAGUUUUCCCCCGACGAUUCCCCGACGACGAAGGAAAAGAAGAAGAAGACGAUGACGAUGACGAUGACGAAGACGAAGACGAAGACGAAGACGAAGACGAAGACGAAGAAGAAGAACCCAUUUCCGCUGCUCGUAGGCCUCUUCCCCAAGAAGAAGACCAAUCACCUUUAG